GUCAUUGAUUAGUCGUCGAUUGCUAAGAACAAAAUUCAAAUAACAAAAUGAAAUUCAUCAUUGUAUUCGUUGCUCUCUUCGCCGUUGCCUUGGCUGCUCCUCCUCAUGCUCAAGAAGCUGUUGUCUUGAGAUCCGAAUCUGAAGUAGGACCCGAAUCCUACCAAUACGCUUACGAAACCAGCGAUGGCAACAAAGCCGAAGAACAAGGUCAAUUGAAGAACAUUGGUACUGAAGAAGAAGCUAUCGUCGUCAAGGGCUCAUACUCCUUCGUUGCUGAUGAUGGUCAAACUUACACCGUCAACUAUGUUGCUGAUGAAAACGGUUUCCAACCCCAAGGUGCUCAUUUGCCCGUUGCCCCUGAACGCAUGCCUUUGUCUUUAACUAGUCGUUGUCGAUCACUAAGAACAAAUAACAAAAUGAAAUUCAUCAUUGUAUUCGUUGCCCUCUUCGCCGUUGCCUUGGCCGCUCCCCGUCCUGAAGAAGCCACCGUCUUGAGAUCCGAAUCUGAAGUAGGACCCGAAUCCUACCAAUACGCUUACGAAACUAGCGAUGGCAACAAAGCCGAAGAACAAGGUCAAUUGAAGAACAUUGGUACUGAUGAAGAAGCUAUCGUCGUCAAGGGCUCAUACUCUUUCGUUGCUGAUGAUGGUCAAACCUACACUGUCAACUAUGUUGCCGAUGAAAACGGUUUCCAACCCCAAGGUGCUCAUUUGCCCGUUGCCCCUGAAGCUUAA